AACACUUCAGUUCAUGUGAGUCACCAGGACCGUAUUCCGCUGUGUCCCGACACAUCUUCAGAAGAUUCCUACAAGCAAAGGGACAUGACCAAGAUGCCUCUUAAGAAGUGGGACGCUGGCUACUUAGAAUCAUGGAUCCCCAACAUAGAAACUGACUAACCAGAAGCCCCAAGGCAAAAUGUCAGUCAACAAGCACCAUGAACCCCAAGCCACUCUCACCACCAAACCAGUACCUGCUGGCUACUGACAGGCACAGAGGAAACAGGACUACACAUGUGGAAAAGCCAGAAGACAGGUCACCACCAAGCCCCAUAAAACAAACCUCUGAACAGGAAGCAACUGAGCCCUAUGCGGCAAUGAUGAUAAGUUUGGGCUAUAAUUGAACCCAGCCCAGAGCAUCCUCACUUCCCUGAUUAGCAAACCAGGGACAGGUGUGACACAAUCGCUUACUUACAUUAGUUACCAGUCACAAUCGGUAUCGGGCUGACUUUUCUUUCCAUUAAAUUCUGUACAGAGUCAGUAGCAACACAGUAGUUCACACUCUGUAGCCUUUACGCCAUCACUUAUUUACUACUCUGGUGUUGGUAGGUGAUGCUCUAAGCUACACACUAAGGUCCAUGUCAUAAAUAAAAUCAUCUGACUGGGCCUUUCGGCUCCGUACCGCUAUAGCUACUUGUUCAUAUCACCAUUGUCAUCACAUUCCUGACUGAUAACACAUCAAUCAUUGAGCGACAAAUACCGUAUGCACUGAAACAUUUGGAAAUCUGUAUGAUGCAUUGAGAAAUGAUGUUCUGUUUGCCGAAAUGUCAUAAUGGUGUAGGGAGUACACUUGUUGUUUUGCAAAAUCUUAAUAGUAAUUUGAGAAAUGCUCAAAAGCAAUCGAGAAAAACUGUAAUAACCAUGAGCCAGGCUAAGCCAAAGUCAGUCUGUGUGGGCAGGAUGCAAUCACAGAAGCCGGUCUCAUUGAGGAGUGUCCGUUUACCGUGUUCUUGUUUGGCAGGUGGCUGUGUGUUAAAGUUUACAGCCACUUAGCAGCCCCAGGGCUCAACUUGCGCUGCCGAAUUGAUGAUGCCAGGUCUUCUGCCCCCUAAUACCCGAGACCAACAGUCCCAACACUGCUGGAAACAGGGAAGCUGGGGGACUUGGGCUGCUAACUAGAUGGACAGCCUCCAGGAUUAGGUGAUCAGAAAGUAGACUCAAGCACAGAAGACUGCAGAACCCAGACCAGGAACCUGGGAACCUAAAAGGGGCAAAACCACAAACCCAAUAACACACUAAAAACCCACAAAGAAGGACAUCAGCAGGACAGCACAAUAGCUGUGGGACGCUGGCUACUUGGAAUCAUGGAUCCCCAACAUAGAAACUGACUAAUCAGAAGUCCCAAGGCAAAAUGUCAGUCAACAAGUACCACCAAACCAGUACCUGCUGGCUACUGACAGGCACAGAGGAAACAGGACUACACAUGUAGAAAAGCCAGAAGACAGGUCACCACCAAGCCCCAUAAGACAAACCUCUGAACAGGAAGCAACUGAGCCCUAUGUGGCAAUGAUGAUAAGUUUGGGCUAUAAUUGAACCCAGCCCAGAGCAUCCUCACUUCCCUGAUUAGCAAACCAGGGACAGGUGUGACACAAUCGCUUACUUACAUUAGUUAUCAGUCACAUUCUGUGUAGGCUGAGUUUUCUUUCUGUUAAAUUCUGUGCAGAGUCCGUAGUACCACAGUAGUUCACACCCUGUAGCCUUUACACCAUCACUUAUUUACUACUCUGGUGUUGGUAGGUGAUGCUCUAAGCUGCACACUAAAGCCCGUGUCAUAAAUAAAAUCACCUGACUGGGCCUUUCGGCUCCAUACCGCUAUAGCUACUUGUUCAUAUCACCAUUGUCAUCACAUUCCUGACUGUCUGAUGACACAUCAAUCACUAAGUGACACAUAUGUUUGCCGCUGUCAAAAUGCUUCAUGGAGAAACAAUAUUGAAAACAAAGGCAUCCAGAUUCUUUGGAAGUUCAGUAGCUGAACUGGUUUUGAGGAGAGGACGCUCACCAGGCCGUUCUCUGAGCACAUGCACAGGGGUGUGUUAGUCCGCACAUGUGUGAGAGAGAGGGAAAGAACGGAUGGGGUCGAGGAGAAUAUGGAACAGCUCCUGAGGGAGGAGCUUCCCGGGCCUCGAUAAAUAACUUUGUGGCAGUGAGACAAAGAGGAUCAGCAACAGACCACAGGUGCAUAGCGGUGGACGGGAGGCCAUUUGGACAGGCGGGCAGUUAUAAAAAAGAGGAAGAAUAUGGCAGACUUUGAGCAGGAGUUUCUGGAGGCCCACAACGCGUACCGGCAGGAUCACGGGGCACCGCCACUGACGCUGAGCAGGGAGCUGUGUGUCUCCGCACAGAGCUGGGCCGAUCACCUGCUCGCCAUCCAGAUGCUGAAGCACAACCCCCAGUCAGACAAGGGCGAGAAUAUCUUCUGUAUGCAGAGCUCCAGUCCCAUGAAGAUUUUAGGGAAGCAGCCAGUGGAAAAGUGGUACAAUGAGAUCAAAGACUACGACUUCAGCAGGCCUGGAUUUACGCCCAACACAGGUCAUUUCACCCAGGUGGUGUGGAAGGAUACUAAGGAGUUGGGGGUGGGCAUUGCAACCGACGGGACUACCAUCUUCGUGGUUGGCCAGUAUUUGCCUCCAGGAAACAUGAACGUCCAAAGCUAUUUUGAGAGGAAUGUCUUACCACCAGCAGGAAAAGUUAGUGGAAGCGACAGCAAGCCCCCGUCCCCUACCACCAAGGACACCACCAGCCCAACCAGCUCAACUCAACUGUUUGCAAACAUCUCAGAGUUCCAGAAGGAGGCGCUGGAGGCCCACAAUGCUUGGCGGCAGCAACACGGGGCACCCCCCCUCAGCCUGGACCUGGGCCUGUGCCGGGAGGCGCAGAAGUGGGCCGAACACCUGGCACAGCAUAACAUGUUGCAGCAUAGCGACACUGACCUGGGCCAGAACAUUUUGUCAAUUUGGUCAUCUGAUAAAGUUCCAGUGUCAGGAAAAUACGCAGUGGAGUUGUUGUACAGAGAGAUCAAAGACUACGAUUUCAGCAAGCCUGGAUAUCAGACGAGCACAGGUCACUUCACUCAGGUGGUCUGGAAGGACUCUCAGGAAAUGGGCAUCGACAUGGCGACGGACAGCAUGGGGAAGGUGAUAGUGGUAGCCCACUACCGGCCAGCGGGUAACAAUAUCAAGCCUGGCUACUAUGAGCGAAAUGUCCUCCCACCACAGGAAGAAGGAGGGCGUGGGAGCGACAACAAGACCCCGACCCCUACCACCAAGGACACCACCAGCCCAACCGGCCCAACUGAACUCUCUGCAAACACAGCCGACUUCCAGAAGGAGGCGCUAGAGGCCCACAAUGCUCGGCGGCAGCAACACGGGGCACCACCACUCAGCCUGGACCUGGACCUGUGCCGGGAGACGCAAAAGUGGGCCGAACACCUGGUACAGCAAAACGCUUUGCAGCAUAGCGACACUGACCUGGGCGAGAACAUCUUUUAUAAGUGGACAUCCGAUAAAGCUCCAGUAUCAGGAAAAGACGCGGUGGAGUCCUGGUACAGUGAGAUCAAGGACUAUGAUUUCAGCAAGUCUGGACAUCAGGAGAAAACAGGUCACUUCACUCAGGUGGUCUGGAAGGACUCUCAGGAAAUGGGCAUCGGCAUGGCGACGGACGGCAAGGGGAAGGUGUUCGUGGUGGCCCAGUACCGGCCAGCGGGGAACAUCACCAACCCUGGCUACUAUGAGCGAAAUGUCCUCCCACCACAGGAAGGAGGAGGGAGCGGAGGUGAGAACAAGCCCCCCACCCCUACCACCAAGGACACCACCAGCCCAAUUGACCCAAAUGGACUCUCUGCAAACACUGCCGACUUCCAGAAGGAGGCGCUAGAGGCCCACAAUGCUCGGCGGCAGCAACACGGGGCACCACCACUCAGCCUGGACCUGGACCUGUGCCGGGAGACACAAAAGUGGGCCGAACACCUGGCACAGCAAAACGCUUUUCAGCAUAGCGACACUGACCUGGGCGAGAACAUCUUUUAUAAGUGGACAUCCGAUAAAGCUCCAGUAUCAGGAAAAGACGCGGUGGAGUCCUGGUACAGUGAGAUCAAGGACUAUGAUUUCAGCAAGUCUGGCCAUCAGGAGAAAACAGGUCACUUCACUCAGGUGGUCUGGAAGGACUCUCAGGAAAUGGGCAUCGGCAUGGCGACGGACGGCAAGGGGACGGUGUUCGUGGUGGCCCAGUACCGGCCAGCGGGGAACAUCACCAACCCUGGCUACUAUGAGCGAAAUGUCCUCCCACCACAGGAAGGAGGAGGGAGCGGAGGUGAGAACAAGCCCCCCACCCCUACCACCAAGGACACCACCAGCCCAAUUGACCCAAAUGGACUCUCUGCAAACACUGCCGACUUCCAGAAGGAGGCGCUAGAGGCCCACAAUGCUCGGCGGCAGCAACACGGGGCACCACCACUCAGCCUGGACCUGGACCUGUGCCGGGAGACGCAAAAGUGGGCCGAACACCUGGCACAGCAAAACGCUUUUCAGCAUAGCGACACUGACCUGGGCGAGAACAUCUUUUAUAAGUGGACAUCCGAUAAAGCUCCAGUAUCAGGAAAAGACGCGGUGGAGUCCUGGUACAGUGAGAUCAAGGACUAUGAUUUCAGCAAGUCUGGCCAUCAGGAGAAAACAGGUCACUUCACUCAGGUGGUCUGGAAGGACUCUCAGGAAAUGGGCAUCGGCAUGGCGACGGACGGCAAGGGGACGGUGUUCGUGGUGGCCCAGUACCGGCCAGCGGGGAACAUCACCAACCCUGGCUACUAUGAGCGAAAUGUCCUCCCACCACAGGAAGGAGGAGGGAGCGGAGGUGAGAACAAGCCCCCCACCCCUACCACCAAGGACACCACCAGCCCAAUUGACCCAAAUGGACUCUCUGCAAACACUGCCGACUUCCAGAAGGAGGCGCUAGAGGCCCACAAUGCUCGGCGGCAGCAACACGGGGCACCACCACUCAGCCUGGACCUGGACCUGUGCCGGGAGACGCAAAAGUGGGCCGAACACCUGGCACAGCAAAACGCUUUUCAGCAUAGCGACACUGACCUGGGCGAGAACAUCUUUUAUAAGUGGACAUCCGAUAAAGCUCCAGUAUCAGGAAAAGACGCGGUGGAGUCCUGGUACAGUGAGAUCAAGGACUAUGAUUUCAGCAAGUCUGGCCAUCAGGAGAAAACAGGUCACUUCACUCAGGUGGUCUGGAAGGACUCUCAGGAAAUGGGCAUCGGCAUGGCGACGGACGGCAAGGGGAAGGUGUUCGUGGUGGCCCAGUACCGGCCAGCGGGGAACAUCACCAACCCUGGCUACUAUGAGCGAAAUGUCCUCCCACCACAGGAAGGAGGAGGGAGCGGAGGUGAGAACAAGCCCCCCACCCCUACCACCAAGGACACCACCAGCCCAAUUGACCCAAAUGGACUCUCUGCAAACACUGCCGACUUCCAGAAGGAGGCGCUAGAGGCCCACAAUGCUCGGCGGCAGCAACACGGGGCACCACCACUCAGCCUGGACCUGGACCUGUGCCGGGAGACACAAAAGUGGGCCGAACACCUGGCACAGCAAAACGCUUUUCAGCAUAGCGACACUGACCUGGGCGAGAACAUCUUUUAUAAGUGGACAUCCGAUAAAGCUCCAGUAUCAGGAAAAGACGCGGUGGAGUCCUGGUACAGUGAGAUCAAGGACUAUGAUUUCAGCAAGUCUGGCCAUCAGGAGAAAACAGGUCACUUCACUCAGGUGGUCUGGAAGGACUCUCAGGAAAUGGGCAUCGGCAUGGCGACGGACGGCAAGGGGACGGUGUUCGUGGUGGCCCAGUACCGGCCAGCGGGGAACAUCACCAACCCUGGCUACUAUGAGCGAAAUGUCCUCCCACCACAGAGUAAGGGGACAUACUAACAUACUCAGUCCCUCUCUUAGUAAAGCACUGCUUACAAUCUGUCCUCUCAACUUGGUAACUUGGAAUAUCUGUGUUAUUGGCUCCCAGCUGAAAAGAAUUAACCCUUUCAUGUAUGAAUUAUGAGCCAUUUUCCCUCAUUCUCUUCUUUCAAGGAAAAAAGCAUUUUAAAGUUUUUUUCUAACUCUGUAAUAUUCAUUCAGAUGCCCACUCCAGUGGACAGCAGGCAUUUGCGACAAUACUAUAAUGGCAACAUUAUAUUGCUACAUUAAUAGAUACAUUUACGAAUUAAAUAAACACAAUCACAAUCAAAUAUAUAAAUUGAAAUUGUAUUCAGAACACAACAAUUAAUGCACUGAAAAUUAAUAACGAUUAAAGCA